GAAGGCUGAAGGAAGGCAGCAGCGAGCUCUCAGCUGCUCGCAGUCCUGCUCUGUGCUGUGCAGGGGCCGCUGAAUUGGCGGCCGCAACUGCGAGAAACUUUUUUUUUUUCAUUAUUUUUUUUAUUCGCUCGCGUUCCCCUUUGUUGAAGAUGACCUGACCUCGGAAGAGACUCUGCUGGCCAGGGAUCGGCAGAAGGCUGAGAGACUACUGCUCUUCAGAUGGGAGGUCAUCAAAUGCAUGUCCAUUCUUCCCAAAUGCCCUAUCUGCCCCUCUUGUAAGAUGGUCGCCCGUGGCCUUUUUCUGCACCUGAUCAGACCGGAGCAGAGCUGCUUGUUACCAUGGUGAUCAUUUUCUCGAAAACACUGGAAAAGAAGAAGGGUGUCAAUGAUGUAAGGUCCAAGAACAUCGAGAGACGGCUGCGUGAGCUCCACACUAUGAGCAGAGGGACCACCCUCUUCUCCUGUGCAACAGUGGAGGCAGAAAGGUGGCUGGACAUGGGGAGAAGCUGUGCCAUACAACAGAGAGGUCCAUGUCAGACUGGUGCCAGUCUGGGGGGCCUGUGGGAUGUGAUGCCUGAGUCGGAGAGCCCUCCCUGGGCCAAAGAACCAGGCAGCGCCACGGCAAUCACCAGUCUGAUAAGAGACCUCAGUCUCUGCAACAGCAGCAUGACCAGUGCCCACGCCGCGUCCACUGCCGCACACUACACCACUACAGCUACCAGCCAAGCUCCUGCAGCGCCCCCGAGCAAACGUCAGUGCCGCUCACUGUCGUUCUCCGAUGAAUUCAGCGGGUCCCGCUCUUUUUGGAGGCCCCAAGGCUCCCGAGUGUGGACGGCAGUAGAGAAGCGAAGGUGCCACAGUGGAGGAAGUGUCAGAGGAGGAGGAGGAGGAGUAGGAGUAGGAGUAGGAGUUGGAGGAGGAGGAGGCCAUUUUCCCACCAUGCAGCGUAGCUCCAGCUUCAGCUUUCCCUCACGCUGCAGCAUCCCCUCAGACGGAGCCCUCGACCUGCCAUUCUUCAACCAGCGGCUGCCUCUCCACCCGCAGUUCACUGCCACUCCAGUCUCCCCUACCUCUCCUUCCUCACAUCAUCACCACUCCCACAAUCAUCUCUUCCUCAGGCCUCUCUCCCUUUCCCAUGAGCAAAUUAGCCUGCCAGAGCUUCAGAGGGAAGAGGCUUCAGAGACCAGCUCUCCAGACUCCACCCCAGAGUUAGGGAGGCGAGCUGGCCAGAGAGCUGCAGGAAACAGGUGUCUCUCUCGGAGCAGGUCCCAGCCCUGCGUGCUAAACGACAAAAAAAUUGGUAUGAAACGCAGGAGACCGGACGAAGCCCAGGAGCAGCGUCCCUCCCUGGACCUGGCAAAGAUGACACAGAAACUUCAGACCUUUCAGAGCUUAAGCUGCCCUGGAUUCUCUGCCACAGAGUGCUGCCAGUCGAGCCUGCCCCUGCCCUGCUUUGAGACCUCUGGCCAGCAAGAUCCAUUCGCCGCUGUGUCGGAGCUGGGGCUGGAGUCACGACAGGAAGCGAGAGGAGAUGACGAGGAAGAGGACUCAUCCUACGAGGAGCUGGAUAGCGACUCUGCUUGUAGCGUGGACUCACGGCCCGGGUCUCCCGAAGACAUUGUGGACGGUAAACGGGCCCUCUGGAAGGGUGACUGCGGGACACAGAGGGACAUUUUCCAGCUGGGCGGAGAGCUGGAUCUUGACCAGAUUGAAAGAAACUGAACAUUUUAUUGGAGAUUUAAAAAAAGACUGUGUCUGAACUGUUGCGGAAAGUUAUGGCGGAUGUAGCAAGAGGUGACUAUUAAGAUGGGCUUUAAGAAAAGUAAUGGUCAAUUUUGAAAGGGAACGAUGGCAGAAAGACGAGGAAAGGGAUAAAGACGAUAAAGAUUGAGUACGUUGUUGACAGCAAGCUUCUUAAUGACACAUUUGCCUUGAACAUUCUUACUGUUUGCAUCAAAAAGCAGUGACCUUAGAUGUAUUUUUUAUUGGGUUUUCAGCUUAACUCAGGAGUGGGAAAGUGAGGGUUAGUCUUAAGAAAACCCCCCAGCCCCCACUCUUUUCAACCUGAUGACCUUCCCAAAGUCCGCUAACUUUAGGUUUAUAGUACUGUAGCAGUAGCUGGGCUCUCCUGUAUUUAGCUCAAGUUUAUUUUUCAAAGAAAAAUUGGGUGAGACAGGGAGGCACAAACAGCAAGAAGAAGUAUCUUCUCAGAGACUUGCCCCUGACCUUCCUCUUUGACUUUUGCGCACACAUGAAAACUGAUUUGUUUUGCUGAAUGUAGGCUCAAUAAGCUUUAUGAGGAGCUCAGAAAAUGAAAAGUGCCUUCUUUUGGAUGCUUAGUCUGUCUGUCCUCUUCAGGAAACUUGCCUCAAUCGAAUACAUCUUUUCUGACCUGUUUUGUAGUUUCUUAAUAUGCAAAUUGUAUAUCUGAAUCAAACACUGAAUCUAGAGUUUUCAGUUCUAACAUCAAUGUAUAUUUUUCUAAGCAAUUGUUUUUUAUGAGCUGUUUGUGAAGGAGCAAGAAUACGAGGCCUUUCUUCUAACAGAAUGGACAUGAAAUAAAUUCACCACAUGCA